AUGAUUCUUAUGGUAACAAUGAUACCACUACCCAAAAUAUUCCUUUUUCCAUUGAUGGUGGAACCUAUGAAUUAUAUAAUGAAGGAAAAAUCACAACUAAUGAAUAAAGACAAAGCUGAAGAACAUGAACGUAAAGUUGAUUUAUUACGUAGAUUAAGGUCGAAUAUCGACAAAGAAAAACUGAAUAAUUUUACAGCAUUUUCAAAAUUUGACAAUGAAGCAAGUAUUGCUGAACUAUGUGGACAAAUAUUAGAACAUUGGGAUGAAUUACAAACGGCGAAGAGUAUAUAG